AUGGUUGCCUUCACUAUUCAAACAAAUGGCGUCACCAAUGGCGUAACACCUAAUGGGAACAGCACACAUUCUUCUCAUGGUCUUGACGUAUUGAUCGUUGGUGCUGGGAUCGCCGGUCUAACGGCCGCAAUAGGCCUCAGAAAACAAGGGCAUCAUGUUCAGGUGUUUGAACAAAGUCGAUUCGCUACGGAAACAGGGGCGGCCGUUCACAUCGCUCCAAAUGCCAAUGGAAUACUGAAGAGACUGGGACUCCACGCGGAAGAUAUCGAAGCGAAUAAAAUGGAGAGAUUCACGGAGUACACAUCAUCCGGCCAUGAACUGCGGUCAAUUGACCUAGUUGAGCCAAAUAAGCUGUGGCAGCAUGACUGGCGCCUGGCACACCGUAUAAGACUCCACGAAGUUCUGAAAAAACUGGCAACCAGCAAAGACGAGCAAGGACCGCCCGCGGUACUCCACCUCAACAGUGGCGUGGCCGAGGUUGAUCCACGAGAAGCAAGUUUAAUAUUAACGAACGGAGAUGUUGUUCGGGGUGACGUCGUUCUCGGCGCCGAUGGCGUCCAUUCAGUCUGUCGUCGAAAAGUUGGCGGUGAGCUUGUUAAGCCUUUCAGUUCGGGCAAAAGUGCUUUUCGGUUUUUGAUCAAUCGGAGAGCUGCAUUGGAGGACCCAAUCACCCAAGGACUUUUCCGCUCUGCUGGCGAACUCGUCACCUGGUAUGGGACCGACCGGCGUGUGGUCAUGUAUCCUACCUCGAACAACAGCCUUCUCAAUUUCGUCUGUAUACACCCGGAACAAGAGUCGGAGGCGGGAGAAGACUGGACCAAUGACUCGAACAAGGAUGCACUCCUGCGGGUUUUCAAGGACUUCGAUCCAAAGUGUCUCGCACUGCUGAGCAAGGCGGACCCCGACUCGCUGAAAUCAUGGAAGCUUCUUGACAUGCCAGUCCUUGACACGUGGGUCAAUGACCGACUCGCGCUGCUGGGCGACGCAGCACACCCGUUUCUGCCUCACCAAGGGCAGGGCGCGGGGGUGGCCAUGGAGGACGCCGCAGCUCUGAGUGUGGUGCUGGAAAAGGGACUCAAGCCGGAAGAAGUCCCGGCUCGCCUCAAGCUUUAUGAGACAAUCCGAUACGAGAGAGCGAACAGGAUCCAGGAAUACUCGCGGCAGGUGGGGAAAGACAUCCAGAAGGACUCCAAAAUAAACAUGAUAGAGUACUCGAACUACAACUUCGGGCAUGAUGAGUUUGACAAUUCUACACAGAGACUUCGGGAGUGGAAAUGGGCGCAGACUCCACAAAUCUACUGGCGCAUGCCGGUCGCGUUCGGUCCAAUGCCAGGCCCACGGCAAUCCCAUGCUGGCGUUGUCCGUGAUGCCGUCGAGUCGACAUUUACCACCGCGUCGAUCAAGUUCAAGACUUCCCGGACGGUUCUCCAGAAUCUGUUUCCUCCGGGGGUCAAUGGCUAUCGAUUCAAGUCCCCUGGCACGGUGGCUUAUUGCUCCUUCAGCUGUACGACGCUGAACAAGAUGCAGUGGCUCGGCGGAACCGGAUAUAACCACAUUGGCCUCUACAUCCAUGGAGUUGAAUACGUGAAGCCAGAUGGCGAGGUGAUCAGCGGAACCUACAUGCCCAUCCUCUUCGAAUCUCUCACGGAUCCCAUCGUCUCCGGUCGCGAGGAGCUCGGCAUGCCGAAGCUCUAUUCCGCGAUCGAUAUCUACCGGGGCGCAGAGUCGUAUCGAAUCAAGACCAGCUGGCAAGGCUCCCUGUGGGGAAAUUUCAGACUUGACGGCUUACAGCCCGACGACGACCUCGCAGCUGCCACGGGCAAGGUCAGCGGAGAAGAUGACGACGGCAUCCUGGUGUACCGAUACAUGCCGAAGGUGGGGCGAGACUUCAAAGGCCAAAGCGAAGCUGAGUAUCCUGUCUUUGUGCCUUUCGCGGAAGAGAGGCCUCAGCCCGUCACGCGAAGGGUCUGGAAGGCGUCCGCGGCAAGCAUCAACAUUGAUGCUCUGGAUUGGGAUGCAUUGCCGACUUUGCACCAUGUCAUCUCCAGGCUGGAGGAAAUCCCUGUUUAUGAAAUCGUGCAGGCCAAAGUUGUGGAAGGUGUGGGAGUACCUGAUGUCGCGGUAGCGAGGAGGAUUGUUUGA